AUGGCCUCAUCCCGCAAACGCCCUCUCAGCCCCCCUGUGCUUAUCCCCAAUCCCUUCAUCAAGAAGCGUAAUCUCGCCUGGUCUCUUGAGUCUCCAUCAUCACCUCACGGCCCUCACUCUGCCACUUUACCGUCUCUCCUCCCUACUUCAUCCACUUCAGCUCCGGCUAUAACCACGGCUACAGCUACAGAUACAGCUUCUGCUUCCACUCCCCCCAUUACUGGUACUAAUAUUGCCACCGACACUGCUGUCAUCUCUACCACCGUUUCUCCUCUGACAGCAACAGUCCGCCCCAGGCCCACUGCCGGCACCACCGCCGAGAUCGAAUCCGGAGUCGUCCAGAUAUCUGACCAUCUGGCCCAAUUCACGUCGAUUCUCUCCUCGCAUCUCCGCCCGACAUCGGCUCUCAUCCCUCGACUGUCCAUCCCGGCUUAUUCACAGCUGUACCAAAGCUGUGCUGGCAGCCCCAACGGCGCGCACUUCGUGAUCCAUCAGCACGACCACCCCGUAGCCGGCACCCACUAUGACCUCCGCCUUCAGAUCAACGAGACCAGUAGCGUCAGCUGGGCCAUCAUGUAUGGCCUGCCGGGAGAUGCCAACAGCAGUCGGUUGAACCGCAAUGCCACCGAGACUCGCAUCCACUCCCUUUGGGCAAGUUUCCCUCUUUCUUCUCUCCCUCAUAAUCACCUUAUCGAAACGGCAUCUCUAGAAACAGGAUCCCUCAUUAUAUGGGACACGGGCACAUAUUCCGUUCUCCCACGCCGCAGCAAACACGCCCCUCCAGAAGACCCCUCCUCACCGCCAGGCUCACCUCACUCAUCAUCGUCGUCAUCUUCUAACAAGCACGCUCCAACAGCGCAGUCUCUACUUCACGCAGCUUUCCAAAACCGAAAGAUCCGGCUGCGUCUCCAUGGAACCAAACUUCCCGAUCCGUACGUUAUUAACAUCCGCCUAACUAAGACGGAAGAUGCCGCAGGGCGAUCUAGAAGCUCGCGAACGCCGCGGUCCAGGCGCCGCGGGAGGACGACGCAAGUGCGCCCUGUAGAGCCAGAAAGUACCCCCUCCGACAGCGAUGACUAUGAUGACGACAGCGAUAUCCAUAGAGAAGAACCUACCAACGAUGAACCGCAAGGUAAAACUAACAAUGACUCACCCUCCCUGAAUGAAACGCGUCGUAAGCAGGAAGAAGAAGACGCCCAAGUCCGCCUCACAAAUGCCUACCUCGGAGCAUCCAACACCAUCGGCAGCGUAUAUCAACGGCGGUGGUACCUCUCGCUAGACCGUCGCGCCUGCGGCUUCACCGAAAAGAAGCGCCAUGGAGGCAGCAUGUGGGAGCUUCUCCCCGACACGGCGCCUAAGCAUCCUUCCGACUCUGAAGCGGAGCUAGAAUCCCGUCGGCUCUCGUUCCCAUUCUACGUCCGCGGGCCGCAGUUUGAGCAGAGUGUAGUGACCGGAAGAUUAGGAGAAGAAGUUCUGCGAGACGAAGGCGUGACUGCUUUUGUCCCUAGGAAAGGAUGGACUCCUUGUCGGUUACUUGAGUGA